AUGGCUCACGAAAUCAAUCACGUUUCAGUGCUGGCAAAGCAGGGCAUUGUUGGCCUGCCCGCAGAACUCCGAGAAGAGAUUUAUGGAUACUAUUUCAGGCUUGAAGAUGGCUACACUUAUAAUCCAGCAACCAACAAGUUUGUCGCAUCGCAUCAGGAAAAGAAUGCAAUGGCACUCAGGACAGUAAACAAGCUCAUCGCGCAAGAAACGCGCGAUUUCGUGUUCAAAUACAACGAGAUACAUUUCACCACGGUUGCGCUACCUAUGACGAAGCCCAAUUACUCGCAGAUCCGUCACCUCCUCACCGAGCUAUCCAAUACGCGAGACAGGGCUUUACGAAGGCUGCUCACGAUGUCAGAUUGGUAUGACGACGCUGCUCGUUCCUACGUUCGAACAAACCACGCCCAGUUUCUACCCCUCCUUGAUCAUGCAAAGACAUUGCGUGACACGGAUGUCGACCGGUAUAGAGAACAGUGGAAGGAAGUCCCUUCUAUCACCCGCGAUUUCAUUGCAUCAACACUGGAUACCAUAAGGCCGCGGUUUUGCCCAGGCUCGGCAACAGACCCGCCGGAAAUGCCGCACAUCUAUCUGAAAAGCCUUUUGAAAAUUUCACAAGGCUCAGCAGUCGAGCCGUGGCUGAUUCCCACCGACGACGAACUCGACGAGCUGCAAAGGAAUGCAGACAAGCUGCGACCAUAUGCCCGCUCUGCAUACGGCAUGAACGAGUUCUUCGCAGAAGACAAGAACCGGUCCUCAGCUGCUGCCGUUGCUAUCGGAUAUAUGAAGCGUCUUCGCCCAGAAGCGAGGAAGAAGAUACGAUGGAUUGUACUGGACGAAGACGACGACUCUAUCGCGUGGCCUGAAUGUCACGCUCGAGGGCUCAUACCUUUUUGCUAA